UUUUGAUAAAAAUGAGAAAAAACAGCAAUAUUGAUGCUCAAAAUGAUGCAAAUAAUUCCCAGCCGAAACGAAGAAGACGAUCACCAUUUGAAAGUAACAAAAUUGCUGAUACAAGUGGUAUUCAACAGCCAACAGAUCGUCAACGUAUUUUUUCUGCUCGAUUGUUUUCUGCUUCACAAAGUCGUUCGCCUUUUAAUGCUGACCAAGAACAACAACAACCAACUACAAGUAAUUAUCAACACCAUUUAACACCAACAACAUCAAGUAAUAAUAAUCAAUGGUUAAGGCAGCAACUUCCGAUGAGUGGAUGGAAAAAGCAUUUAACUAGAGAAGCAGUUUCGGACAAUGAGGAUGAUAAACACUUUGAUGAUCGGGAUAGCGAUGAACAACAUAAAAACCAACAAAAUGAAGUACAACCUAAAAUAAAAACAACAGAGGAAUUAGAGAAAAUUCAUUUUGAAAAAUUAAAAAACUAUAAUGAAAAACGAAGAAGAAAAAACUUAAAACAACAACAAUCUUUAGACAUUGAAAGUUUUCAAAAAAAUAAUAAAAGAAGAAGAAAAAUAACAAAAGUUGAACCUUUAAGAUUUUCGCCGCAAUCAACAUUUAGAGAAGAAGAUGACAAUGAAAUUAAAAAACCUUUUAGUUCAACGUUGGAUAUACAAUUGGCUGACAAUGAACCUAGAAAGAGAAGCAAAAGUAUUAAUUCUAAAAAUAUUUCUGAAAGUAUUAUACCUUCAACUUCAUUAAAUUUAAAUAUUUCCAUAGAAAAUAAAGAAGAGAAAAAAGAUGUGCCAACAACAGAAGAAAAAGAAAAUAUUAAAAGAAAUGGUUCUAUUCAAAGUGGAAUAUCUCCAUUGGAAGAUUUAAAUAUUAUAUCAAAGAUUCCAACACCUCCAAUAAUUACAAUAAGUAGUCCAAAGCAACAACAAAAAAAGAUAUCAGUACAACAACAAGAUCAGCAACAAGGAUCGUCUUUAGUUAUUAAUGAAGAACAGCAACAAAAAAGAAUACCUACGCAAAUGAAUCCUUCGUUAAUUAAAGGACUUUCUAAGUCGAUAUCAAGAUUUCGCAAUAGAAAUCGAAUAAUGGAUGAAAAUUCAGUAGAGCAAGCCAAUUUUAUGUCAAAAUUUGGGAUGUCUGGAACUGGAAUACAGCCUGGCAAUGCUACUGAUCAACAAAGCAACAGUAAUGAUAGAAGGAAGUGGCUUUCUAGUGUUGUUUUUGAUUCGAACGAUCCAGAGUAUUAUCAUUGGAUUGCUUUGGUUUCAAUUGCUUAUGUCUACAAUCUUUUGGUCGUCAUAGCCCGGGUUGUCUUUAUUGAUUUGGCUGCUGGUCGUUUAUGGAUACUUUGGUUAAUACUUGACCUUUUGAUGGAUUCCUUUUAUGUUGCUGAUAUGUUUGUCCGUUCUCGUACAGGUUAUUUGGAGCAAGGCCUUCUCGUUCGUGAUUGUGCCAAAAUUCGUUCUCUGUACCUUAGAAGUCGGCAGUUUUUGGUCGACAUUGCUAGUUUAUUGCCAAUUGAUCAUUUUUGUUUAAUUAUACUUUGGAGGUCAUUUCCUAUUUUUCGAUUGAAUCGUUUGCUUAAAAAUGAAAGAAUUCAACGUUUUAUGGAGCAAACUGAAACUCGAACUUCAAUGCCCAAUGCUUUUAGGGUUGGAGUUGUUGUUUGGUAUAUUGCUGUUAUUAUACAUUGGAAUGCCUGUUUUUAUUUCUUAAUUUCUGAAAGUAUUGGUUUGGGAACAGAUCCAUGGGUAUAUGGUGCUCAAAAUAAACAAAGUCUGCCUGAUGGAAUUAAUGAUACUUUAACUAGAAGAUAUAUUUACAGUUUUUAUUGGUCAACAUUAAUUUUAACAACAAUUGGUGAAGUGCCUGGACCCCAACAAAAUGUAGAGUAUGCAUUUGUAACUGUCGAUUUAAUGUGUGGAGUACUUAUAUUUGCUACAAUUGUUGGAAAUGUUGGAAGUAUGAUCUCAAACAUAAGUGCCGGGCGAACAGAUUUUCAAAAUAGAAUUGAUUCUAUAAAGCAAUAUAUGGAUCUACGAGGAGUUGGAAAACAGUUGGAAAAUCGUGUUAUUAAAUGGUUUGAUUAUUUAUGGGCUAAUAAACAAGGCUUAGCUGAUGCUCAGGUGCUGAAAGUUUUACCUAAUAAACUACAAGCUGAAAUUGCAAUGCAUGUUCAUUUUGAGACCCUUCGUAAAGUGCGAAUUUUUCAGGAUUGCGAAGCUGGUUUAUUAGCAGAAUUGGUACUUAAAUUGCAACUACAAGUAUUUAGUCCAAAUGAUUAUGUUUGUCGUAAGGGUGAUAUUGGACGAGAAAUGUAUAUUGUUAAAAGAGGCAUGCUCCAGGUUGUAAGUGAUGAUGGUUCUAAAAUAUUUGCUACAUUAUCUGAAGGUGCUGUCUUUGGCGAAUUUAAAAAUGGAAACAGACGCACAGCAAAUGUUCGAUCGGUUGGAUAUACCGAUUUGUUUGUUUUGAAUAAAGUUGAUCUUUGGAUAGCUUUGAGAGAAUAUCCAGAAGCUAGAAAAAUUCUUAUAAACAAGGGUCGUGAAUUAUUGCGGAAAGACAAUCUUUUGGAUGAGAAUGCUCCCGAGGAACAAAAAUCAGCGGAAGAAAUGACUGAAGAAUUGCAAUCGUCUGUUAGAAUUCUUCAAAUUAGGGUUGCAAGACUUCUAGCAGAACACACAAACACAGAAACAAAACUUAGAGAACGGAUAUCUUAUUUGGAAUCAAAACUUCGAAAAUAUGCUGUCUUGGCAAAAGAAAAGGAAGCUCAACUAGAAGAUGACAAUUCUAAUCAAUUUGAAGAUGAAGGAAAUUAA